GUGACAGCUGCCGGGUCUCUCAUAGCAAUGAGGUGGUCGGCCAUGUUAGCAGCGGCAGCAGCAGCAGCUCUCCGCUGACUCCUACCUCAAAUAUGACAAGUUCGCGCCUUCAGACUUCCCGUGUGGUUGUCUUGUUGAUGGUGGGAGUGAGUGCGGUCUUGUUGCUCAUGUACUUACACUUGGCAAAAGAAGUCUGUCACCUUCGCAAUUAUAUCCAUUCUCAUCCUGCCUUGGAUCUUCAAGUGAGCAGUACACUUACAGGCAGCAGUAGAAGAAAUAUUAAAAAUGAAAACAGCCGAGGUAGCAGCAGCAGCAGCAGUAUUAAUGGUCUCGACCUGGAGAAUUUAAUUGUGAUUUAUAAUCGGGUCCCAAAGACAGGAUCUACUUCCUUUAUUGGCCUGGCAUAUGAUCUCUGCUCCAAGAAUAAGUUUAAUGUUAUUAAUGUUAAUACCACUAAGAAAAACCCAACGCUCUCCUUAACAGACCAGAUGCGGCUUGUGUAUAACAUGUCAAACUGGGACGAAAAGAAACCAGGAAUUUACCAUGGUCAUCUUGCAUACUUAGAUUUUAAUAGGUUUGGUGUGAGCGUUCAGCCAUUGUAUAUAAACAUUGUAAGAAAUCCCUUGGAACGUCUGGUGUCUCAUUACUAUUUCAUCCGAUACGGUGAUGACCUCAUGCCACAGCGAGUUUAUAAGAAAAUGGGUGACAAAAUGACUUUAGAUGAAUGUGUAGCCUUGCAGCAUCCAGACUGCUCAACUAACCAUUUAUGGAUGCAGAUUCCCUUCUUCUGUGGUCAUCUUGCUGAGUGCUGGGUCCCGGGUUCAAGUUGGGCUCUGGAACUGGCUAAGCAUAACUUAGUACAUAAUUAUUUCCUUGUUGGAGUUACUGAAGAAUUAGAAGAUUUUGUGGCUAUGCUGGAAUAUACACUUCCACGCAUGUUUAAAGGUGCUCUGGAUCUCUAUGUCUCAGGUUCAAAAUCUCAUAUAAGAAAAACCUCAAAGAAGAUAAUGCCUUCUGACGAAACUAUAGCAAAACUUCAGAAUACAAAGGUCUGGAGAAUGGAAAAUGAAUUCUAUACUUUCGUUCUGGACCACUUUCAUUUCAUUCGUAAGAAGACCCUUAUAGAAGCAGCAAAUGGUGGUGGCCUUGUGGAUAGAGGACAGAAUUUUGAAUAUGCCGUGAUGGUGAGUGCAGGCCCAAAAUUUGCCUGCUGGGACGGCUGGCCUCUUGGUUGCUUCUCACCCAUUAUCUGCUGAGAAGUCCUUCCUUAUGACUAUUACUACCAGGGGUUAUGCAGCCCUAAAGCCAACCCACUGGUUAUGCAUUCUCCACUGUACUAUGGAACCUUCAAAGGCCUUCACAACAUACAAUUCAACUUUAGAAGAUGGUAUACAUAAUUCUUUCUUGAGUAUCUUGUAUGUUUGUGGGGACAUUGCUCCUCUGCAGAUGAUUAUCACUGCUCCAAGGACAACUUCUUGAGGGUGAAUGGGCUGUGCGUCGAUGAUGGUAAGCUGUGACUCAGCAUUGUCUUGUGAUGUAUUGUAGAGAUGAAGCUGCUGGGUCGCCCAAUGGGCAGCCCAGCUCCUAAUCUGGCCAAUAUCAUAGUACUUGGCCUUCUGCUGUUGAUACUGAUCCGCCAUGGACGCGAUGUUAGAGUCUCUCACAAUCUUCACGUCGAGCACGAAAGCCUUCCUGUUUUCCAAAUCACAAAUCAGCAAGUCAGGCUUUCGUGUAUCAAGCACUGUUGGUAUCUGCGGCUCCUUAGCCACAGCAUGCUUCUUUGCCACACAAUCCACAGCGAUGGCAUCCACCAUGUUAUCAUGUCGGACCCAUUGCUCAUGGAGUCUUGGACAAACCUGCAGAAGGUGCCCCAGGGACUCAUGUUGAUCACAACCUUCACAGGUUGCAUUUAUUUGUCUUUGUCCUCUUGCAUGCCUUGUUUUAGUUGGCAUUAAAUUAUGUUUGAUAUUCAAGGCAUCAUUAUACAUGGCCCCCUUCAUGAGGCUCGUUCCAUUCGUCAUCCAUCUAUGGACCUGCUGGACGAAAUGAUGUUCCUUCAGUCCCGUGCCAUCUACCAAACCCACCAAAACAUUCACCUAUUCCUUAAGCUCCUACCGUCUAGUCGUUACGACAACAUUCCUCACUUUACUUUGUCCAACAAACCAUAAUGCCUUAAGGGUGUUCGGGUGUAAGGCUAGGUUCUGUAUUACGCGAUCUUCUGGAUUGUGGAACGCAGCAAGCCAGUUCCUCCGCAAUAUCGGAACCCUUGUUGACAGAUACACCCUCGACCCCCCGCAGCUGCCGGUGCAUAAUAAACACCAAUUGAUGUAUCUUUUGGUAGCUUCAGCCAUUUCUUCAUCUGCCUGAUCAAUUUGUCAGACAUCCUCAAGGUAUCCUGACAGACACCACCCAGCACCAUAAUAUAUAUGAUGCCAGGAAUCAGGUGUUUAUUUAAUAUACAGUGGACCCUCAGCUAACGAUAUUAAUCCGUUCCAGAGAGCUCAUCGUUAGACAAAAUUAUCGUUAGCCGAAUUAAUUUUCCCCACAAGAAAUAAUGGAAAUCCAAUUAAUCCGUUCCAGACAACCAAAAGUAUUAAAAAAAAUAAUUGUAGGGAAAUAUACAUUUCCCUACAAUUAUGCCACUUUGUAGGGAAAUAUACAUUUCCCUACAAAGAAAACAAUGAGACAUGCACAAUAACUACAUAAAUAAAUGUUAAAAUGACACUUACCUUUAUUGAAGAGUAUUGAUGAGUGAUGAGACACUGCUUUUCUUGAACAGUCUAGGAUUUUCAGAGUGAUACCUGAGUAAAGGCUUCACUUUACAAUCUCCACUAGCAUUACAACAAAACAAGAAAGUUAGCCUGUCUUUCAUAGGCUUGUGUCCUGGGAGUGCCUUUUCCUUCUGAGUAAUGUAGGUCCUGUUUGACAUUUUCUUCCAGAACAGGCCUGUUUCGUCACAAUUGAACACUUGUUGGGGUUGAAAUUUUUCAGCUUCACCAUGUCUUAUCACACUGUGUAUGCCACUAUGGUUCUUAAAUUUCUCAAACCAACCUUUGCUGGCCUUAAAUUUACCAAUAUGAGCACUAGUUCCAGGCAUUUUUUUCUGUUCACCUGGGUUUUAGUUGACUGGUGUGGGUCACAUCCUGGGGGACAAGAUUAAGGAGCCCAAUGGAAAUAAGUUAGACAGUCCUCAAUGACACACUGACUUUCUUGGGUUAUCCUGGUUGGCUAACCCUCUUUGGUUAAUUGUGUCUAGGUAAUUGUUUCUCGUUAAGCCACGCCAACAACAGUCUCUCCACAUCUUCAAGUAGUACAGCUGACGGUGGUGCAGCAGCAGCUGACCACGGUACGAUAGUAUUUCUCACCCUUUUUACCAUGGGGUUGGCACUAGAAGCUUUCUUUGGGCCCAUGGUGGCUUAUUUAGCAGUUACAAGCACUAAAACCAUUGGAACAAUACAAAAUAUAUCGAAUGUAUGCAUGGAACCAGCCACCCUGGCUUGUAAACAAUGAUGGCAGGGCAGCUGAGGCGCUCAGGCUGGACGGACAGGUUCGGGAUGAAUCACGUUGGUUGAGUUUUUCAUUGUUGGCCGGGCCAAAAUUUUUACGCUCAAACGCUUCGUUGGACGAAUUUAUCGUUAGACGAUGCUUUUGUUAGCCGAGGGUUCACUGUAUUUUACCGUUGUUGUGGUUUUAGGGGAACUUCAUCAAGCUCCACGAGUUUCUUGCGAAGCUUCUGGAUGUCAGGCUUUCCCCUUCCAGCUGAAGAGAGGUGCAUACCAAAGUACUUAUAUACUGUUGUUGUUUGAAGGGAAUGUACUUGGGCUCUGUAAAUCUCCAUUUUAUGUGUCGUGUCCACGUACCAUUUCUUCAUUCUUGGUACCAUUUGAAGGUUUAAAGUGGCACACUUCUGUGGGUUUAUUUCUAACCCUGAUGCUUCCAGCUGUCUCAAAAACAGCUGCAACUCUGCAUGAAGGCCUUGUUUGGACUCAGCAACCAACACAACAUCAUCAGGAAACACCAAGGCAGACACUUUUGACUCAGCAUCAGCUAUUGGCCAUCCAAUUUGCUCGUUUAAAGCCAACAGCGCUUCAUUCAUUACUUUAUUAAAGAGAAUGCAUGAGAGGGGGUCCCCUUGCUUCACCCCUCUACACACAUUCCCUUCUUUUCCCAUAACCUCAGUAGAUGCAUCAGCAUAAGUUGACAUAAUAUAAUUAAUCACCAAAGGAGGUACAUUGUGUAUUUGUAAUGCCCUUCUAACCAAAGAAUGGUUUACCGAGUCUUAGGCUUUCUUUACAUCUAAAAAUAUAGUAUACAGCUGUUUUAUCUUGGUUUUACUUUCGCUAAUUAUUGCAUCUAACAACAUCACAUUCUGGGCCAGGCCAUCUGUGGGUAGGAACGCUUUCUGUGCUACGUGGAGGGGAACCCAAUUGACUCACCUCGUUGCUAAUAUUUUAUGAAACACGCUCACAAUAAUACUAGAUAUAGCAAUGGGUCUGUACUGGCCUGGUUGGUCAGGAUGAUCCACCUUAGGCAGCAAAACAGUUCUGGCAUUUCUAAAAACCUUUGGUAAAUAUCCAAUAUACAUCCAGAUGUUAAACAAAUCAACCCAGAACUGUUCAGGAAACAUUUUCAGAUCUUUAAGCAUCCCUCCAUCAGGACCUGGCACAGAACUGCCAUUGGAUGCAGCUACUGCUCUCUUAAACUCAUCAACUUGCAGCUGCCAUAAUUGAUCUCCAACAAGCAUCCGCCUUGGUCUUGCAUCCUCUUCAGGUGGUCUAGCAAACAAAUUCAACCAAAACUCCUGUAAUUGCUCUUUAGAUACAGCUUGUUGUUCCGGGGCACCCAAGUGCCGCCAUCUUCCUUCCAGAACCAUCUUUGCACACUUGAACCUAUCCUUAUUAUACAGCUUCUACAGAUCCCUAUAAGCUUGUCUUCUAGCUCUUCUUCCUCCCCUAUUGUUGUUAUACUGGGGAGUAUUCCUUCCUUGAUUUUCUUCUCUUUCAUUUUUAGUAACAUAAGUAAGCAUAGUUUCUGCCAUUUCGUCCAAUACAUUCUGGACAGAGGCAAUACAUUCAUUGUUAAAACCAACCUCCCCAUACCCAUCCCUCAUUUUCUCCACACAGUGUAACAUGUUCUGUAGUUUCUGAUAUGUACUCAAUGUAUCAAGUAGGUGCUGUGUUAGUACAUGUACUGUUGGAACACUCAAAUUGUGGGAGAUCUCAAUUCCGAACUGCCCAUCCCUACCCCCAAUUUUGUCGUUCCCAGCCUCCUGGCGAGGAACAUAUUGAAUCCUUUGAACACCUCCACCAUCAAUGACAACCUCAGACAUUAAUCUAUCUACUAGAGCUCUAUAGGACGCCACCUUCCAGUGACCCUUUAUUGCCUCCACCGAUCUCUUGGUGUGGGCUUCCGCCAACAACAGGUUCAUCCCCGCAGGGACACCUUGUCCAACAUUCCUCGCCUCUCUCAGGAUCUUCAUCUCUGCCAUAGCCAACGUAUACUCCUCCUUAGACCAUCUGGUCCUCACAUGGGCAACUGCCCCCUCCACAUCCCUAUGAUAUUCGUCGGGAUGCUUACUCUUCUUAUGGAUGGACAACCCACUCCUGGUUCUACAAACCAUACUACACUCAAGACAUCGAAAUGGAGCUCCAUUACCAACAGCCGCCAUCAUUAAAUAAAGGACCACUCAACAGAGGUAGGGUUUUGCCACACACAGAACUAUAGUAAGACUCACUCACUCAUAUGACAACCCAUACAAGCUAAAUUCACAUAAAAAGGCUCUGCGUGCAGCAAAAUGUGCAGCUUUAGCCACAGGCUGACUGAUCACCAAAGCUCUCAGCCACCAUCUGCAUUACUGACUCCCACCUGGAAUAUAUCCAGAGGUACUGCACGAGGAUCUUAAUCACUCAAACUGAGAGAAUAGAAAGUGGUGCACCAAAUGCUAUUCACCAAGAACAAGUGACUUCAGUUGAGCAAAGGAAGGGCGCCAGUCGCCCUUCCUUUACUCAACUAUUGUGCAGAAAAGCAGUAAAAGCACUGAACAUAAUGAACAAUGGCUCAAUUGAAAGCCAACGAAAACGUGGAACUCUGAAAAGUGGAUCCUCUUCAAGGGGGGCUCCUUGGCGUGGUGAAGAGGCUCUUGGUCUGAGGAAUUAGACCUGUCGGUCUACUUCCUCAGACCGAACCUAAUUACCCCCCCAAUCCCCCGUUCCCUAUGCCAUCCUCCCCUUUUUCCUUUCCUCCUCCUCCUCCCCACCCCUCCCUUUUGCCCUUCCUUUUUGGCCUUUGGUGUUUUUUUUUUUUUCCCCACAGGCAC